GUUGCACCACGUGGUACUUAUUUCGCGCCAUAACUCGAAGGCAUUGUUGUUGUUUAGAAUACCACCAGCAGCGUGAUUAACACUACAAAGAAAGUUCUCGGCUAAACAUCAAAAUGCCACCAAGAGACUAUGCCGCUGAUAAAGAAAAGAUCAAGACCUUUUUGAGAGAAUUCUACGUUGAUAGCGAAGAUGGUGGAAAGGAUUUUGUUUAUGGACAACAACUGGUUAAAAUUGCCCAUAGAGAACAAGUCGCCUUGACCAUUGAUUUAGACAACAUAGCAGAUUUUGAUCCUGAACUCAAAGAAGCAAUUGAAGAAAACACACGGCGAUACACAGCUCUCUUUGCUGAUGCCAUUCAAGAAGUUCUACCAGAUUACAAGGAAAGAGAGGUUGUCCAUAAAGAUGCCCUUGAUGUGUACAUUGAGCACAGACUGCUCAUGGAACAGAAGAACCACCCUGAUGGUCAGGAAAUAACCAGGGAUCCUAGAAACAAGUACCCAGCAGAGCUCAUGAGGCGAUUCGAGUUGUAUUUCAAAGCACCUAGUCACGAGAAACAUCAGCUGAUCCGGGAAGUUAAAGCAAACUGCAUUGGAAAGCUUGUGCAGGUGAAGGGGAUCGUGACCAGAACCACAGAAGUCAAACCUAUGAUGGUGGUGGCCACUUACACCUGUGAUACCUGUGGAAAUGAAACAUACCAGCCUAUAAACUCUCCGUCUUUCAUGCCUUUGAUCAUGUGCCCAAGUCAAGAUUGCACAACAAACAGGUCUGGUGGCCGAUUAUACCUUCAAAGUAGAGGAUCAAAAUUUGUCAAGUUCCAAGAAAUUAAAAUACAAGAACAUAGUGACCAAGUCCCUGUAGGAAACAUACCCAGGAGUUUGACAGUGAUCUGUCGGGGAGAAACCACCAGGUGUACCCUGCCAGGAGAUCAUGUCAGCAUUACAGGCGUGUUCUUGCCUUUGAUGAAGCAAGGGUUCGGACAAGUUCAGCAAGGUCUCCUAUCAGAAACUUACUUGGAAGCUCAUAGAAUUGUGAAAAUGAACAAAACAGAGGAUGAUGAACUUGGAGCAGAGGAAUUGACAGAGGAUGAAAUUAAACAGGUAGCAGAGGAUGACUUCUAUGACAAACUGGCCAGCAGUAUUGCUCCCGAGAUCUACGGCCAUGAAGAUGUGAAGAAAGCCCUCUUGUUGCUCCUGGUAGGGGGUGUGGACAAGUCUCCAAGAGGAAUGAAAAUCAGAGGCAACAUCAACAUCUGCUUGAUGGGUGAUCCUGGUGUGGCCAAAUCACAGCUGCUCUCAUACAUUGAUAGGCUGGCCCCUAGAAGUCAGUACACCACGGGUAGGGGAUCGUCAGGCGUUGGUUUGACAGCGGCAGUGAUGAAGGACCCCAUUACAGGGGAGAUGACUCUGGAAGGGGGAGCCCUGGUGCUGGCUGACCAAGGAGUGUGUUGUAUUGACGAGUUCGACAAGAUGAUGGAGGGUGACAGAACGGCUAUUCAUGAAGUCAUGGAGCAGCAAACCAUCUCAAUAGCCAAGGCUGGCAUCAUGACAAGUCUCAACGCUAGGGUCUCCAUUCUGGCAGCAGCAAAUCCAGCUUAUGGUCGUUACAACCCAAAGAAGUCCAUUGAACAGAACAUUCAGUUGCCUGCAGCCCUUCUGUCAAGGUUUGACUUGUUGUGGCUGAUACAGGAUAAGGCAGACCGAGAGAAUGACUUGAGGCUCGCUCAACACAUAACUUAUGUCCAUCAGCACAAUGUCCAGCCACCAGCACAGUUCACUCCCUUGGAGAUGAAGCUAAUGAGACGAUACAUCGCGCUAUGCAAAAAGAAGCAGCCAGUGAUACCAGAGAACUUGGCUGAUUACAUCACCGGAGCUUACGUAGAAAUGAGAAAGGAAGCCAGAAAUAGCAAGGACACCACAUUCACCUCGGCCCGAACUCUGCUGGCCAUCCUCCGUCUGUCCACCGCCCUCGCCAGGCUGCGAUUGGCCGAAGCAGUGGAGAAGGAGGACGUCAACGAAGCUAUGAGGCUCAUGGAAAUGUCCAAGGACUCUCUCAAUCCUGCCCACGAGAUGCACAAUAGGGCUCAUAAUGUAACAGAUCAGAUCUUCAGCAUCGUCAGAGAAAUGGCUCCCACAAAGGGAUUGCGGUCCGUAAAGAUCACGGAAGUGAUGGAGCAAUGUGUGUCUAAGGGAUUCAAACCUGACCAGGUAGACGCCUGUAUAGAGGAGUACGAGGAACUCAAUGUCUGGCAAACUAACCAGGCUCACACCAAAAUCACAUUCAUCUAAGCGAGAGGAAUUAUCUGUAGUUAUAUGGUUUCUUUACUUGUAGUAUAAGUUGCUAAAUAAAACAAUAUACAGAUGAACAAUUUGUAACUGUAUCCUUCAAGCAAAAUGAAAAAGGAAUCAUGAAUGUUUAAAAAAUUUCUACUUUUGCUGAAGAAGGAGAAGUUAAUCAUGAUUUUGAAUUUUUGUAAAGAUUUUUAUAUUUUUGAUCUAUAUUCACGAUGUAUGUCUUUUAUAUAUAUGUAUGUGUUCAACUGCCACCAAAUAUGUGUUCAAUGCAUGUUCAGAAUUAACAAUGUUCAAGAUAGGUCUUUUCAACAGGCUUUGUUUAAAAAUCUGAAACUUUUAUGCUGUAAAUAGUAUUUAUGGGAAAUAUGAAAUAAAGUGAAGGUAUAUAUCUCAA